AUGGUCCGCAAUAUCAUUGUUCUUGGGGGCAACUCCCACCCUGAUCUCCUUAACAGUGUGUGCAACAACCUCGGGCUGAACCCGUGCGAGCGUGUUCUGUCAAAGUUCUCUGUUGGUGAGAGUCGCUGCGAGAUCAAGGACUCUGUGCGCGGCAAGGAUGUCUUUAUUAUCCAGACAGCCUCUGGCAAUGUCAAUGACAACUUUAUGGACAUGUGCAUCAUGAUUUCGGCCUGCAAGACGGGCUCUGCCAAGAGAGUCACAGCUGUCAUGCCUCUGUUUCCCUACUCGAGACAACCCGACGUCCCCUAUAAGAAAGCCGGCGCGCCCCUCUCGAAGCCAACAUCAGGGGCAUCCAAGAACUACACCUUUGAGAGUGUGCCUGCGACCCCUGGCCCCGGCAUUGCGCGCAGCAUGGGUCUCCCCAAUGGCAUUGACGGCAUUGCCUCAAAGCUGGCCAAGAGCAAGCUCAACGAGGAGCGUUCCAACGGAAUGAACGGUGUCGACCAUUCCAAGACCAAUGGCAACGGCCGUACCCACCACGAUUCCGUAUCCUCCCAGGUCAGCUACACCACCCACGACAACGAGCACCAGAACCGAAUCGAUGGCUUCCAGUCCAAGCCUGGAUAUAAGCAGUGGGUUGCCCAAGCUGGCACCCUGGUCGCUGACCUCUUGGCGUGCGCUGGAGCGGACCAUGUGUAUCAGGGCUUCUUCGAUGUUCCGGUUGACAACCUGUACGGCAAGCCUCUCCUUAUGAGGUACAUCCGCCAGAACAUCCCCAACUACAAGGAUGCUGUUGUUAUCAGCCCCGACGCUGGUGGUGCCAAGCGCGCCACUGCGAUCGCUGAUGAGCUGGACAUGGCCUUCGCCCUGAUCCACAAGGAGCGACGCCCGACCAAGUACACUGAGCAACGCAAUGCCAGCAUGAUGCUGGUGGGCGAUGUCAAGGACAAGGUCUGCAUUCUUGUCGACGAUCUCAUCGAUACUGGCAACACCAUCACGAGAGCUGCCAAGUUGCUCAAGAAGGAGGGUGCUACUCACAUCUAUGCCCUCUUGACCCACGGCAUUCUCAGCGGUGACGCCAUCCCGCGUAUCAACGCUUCGGCCAUCGAUAAGAUGAUCGUGACCAACACUGUUCCUCAGAAGGAACAUAUGCGCGCCUGCUCCAAACUUGAGUUCCUGGACGUCUCUCCGGUCUUUGCGGAGGCUAUUCGCCGUGUUCACCAUGGCGAGUCGAUCAGCGUCCUUUUCCAGCACAACUAA